ACUCAAUUUUUGGCGCGAAACUGACGCAAUGGCGAGUCUGUCGGCGAGCGAGACCGAGUUCCUAGCAGAGCAGGAACUCAUUCUCAUCAUGCCUCAGUUCCACCUGCGGGAUAACAAUGGCAUGCUCAACUUCAUUGGCGGUAACUUCGGACCUUUCCAGCCAGGUAUCACCACGCACGUUCCGCUGUGGCUAGCCAUCAUGCUCAAGCAGCUCAACAAAUGCCUAAUUCUGCCACCCUCAUGGCUCUCUGUUGACUACCUGACGUCGCGGCUGGAGCGUGAGAAGACGAGUGAAGUGUUCGAGGAACUGCCAUUCCACUACUUGGAAGUGGCGUCGCUGCUACUGAAGAAUGCACCCGAAGAUUUGGAUCAGGGUGAGCAUUUACGCUCACUGCUGGAAGAUCUGCAGAACGUUCGACAGGACAAGAUCCGCAACGGUCUGACCAAGAUCGCCACCGACGUACAGGGUGGUGGAACAGCUUUUGCCAUUCAGAUGAACAACAUUUCGGCGCUUGAAAUCAAUUCGAUGCGCGAAUUUAUGAUCGGGUCCCUGAAUCAGUUCUUCCAGCUCUCACAACUGACGGCAGCAGCUGGCGAGGAAGAUUCUCAGUCCCAGCCCCAAUCUCAGUCUCAGGGAUAUUCCGAGCCUUCGUCAGCGGAAAGCCCUGCGGCACGUCGACUUCUUCGGCGGCAUCGAGGAUAGUGAUGCACUCGGAUGCAUGUCAAUGUCACCGCUCUAUACGCUGGAUACGUGGGGAUCUACAAACGUUAGGAUGCUGGAUAAUAUCACCUUUUUCAGUGUUGCUCACCUGCAAUCGCUCGUUGGAAGUCAUACGUGUUCGAAGCCCCAAUGAAGCGGACAAGUCAUUGUACUGUUGACAAACACAGCACAUUGGUGUGUGUUACAUGCUGGAAUCAAGUACCAGACUGUAAUCCUCAAGGGAGGCUCGCUCCGUGCGACUACUUGAUAAAGCAAUCGAUUGAUCCAUUCAACAAGGGCACGGAAUCCAAUGAUAAAGACGCACCACUUGACUACGCAGACAAGUCUGGCGUGGAUACUGCACAAAAUCUGCGGCAUUUCAGAAAUUAAAGUGGUGUGUAACCUAUAGGGGCCAGAUUCAUUUUUUUUUUUUUGUUUGAACGAGUAUGGAGCUUAACGCUGAGUCCACGCAAGGCAGGUCGUCAUGCUUAACUGUCCCCAAAAGUACUGACUGCUUCUGAACUAAUCUGAAUAAUUGUUGCUGUUUCCGAA